AUGUCAAAUCCAAAGACCAUCCGUUGGGGCAUCCUCGCGACUGGGGGCAUUGCUCUCACGUUCACUAAGGAUCUGCUGGUCGACCCGACAACCCGUGGUGUCAAGUCCGUGAAGCACACUGUUGUUGCUGCCGCUUCUUCAUCCUCGAAAUCGCGCGCCGAAGACUUCUUGAAGGAGACUGGCUCUCCCUCGGACGCGAAGGCUUACGGCUCCUAUGAAGAAUUCGUCAAGGAUCCCAACAUCGACAUCGUCUACGUCGCCACGCCACACUCGCAUCACUACCAGAAUGCCAGGCUCUGCCUUGAAGCAGGCAAGCACGUUCUGUGCGAGAAAGCAUUUACUGUCAAUGCCCCACAGGCACGCAAGCUGGUCGAAAUCGCAAAGGAGAAGAACCUCUUCCUGAUGGAGGCUGUAUGGACACGCUACUUCCCCCUUUCCAUCUAUGUCCGCGAGCAGAUUACAUCUGGCCGCAUUGGGCCUGUUGCGCGCGUCAUCUCAGACAACAGCAUGGCCCUGGAUCCCGAGAGCAACUUUGCUGAUGGCAAGAACCGCAUGGUCAACCCAGAACUCGCUGGCGGAGCGCUACUAGAUCUCGGAAUCUACGCGUUGACAUGGGUGUUCCAGACACUGUACCACACUCAGCCUGAGAAGACACGCCAGCCACCCAAGCUGCUUGCCUUUGUCAAGAACUACGAGGCCACAGGAAAGGCAGACGAGCACAGCACGAUGAUCCUCAACUUCCCACGAUCGAAGGAAGAAGGUGGUGACGCACACGCUGUUGCUACAACAUCCCUUCGCGUCGCCACAAGUCCUGGCCAGAACGAAGACACACCGUGUGUACGCGUCCAAGGCCCCAAGGGCGAGAUCCAAGUCUUCCCUCCCUCUUUCCGUCCGACAAAGACCAAGGUCAUCCUCAGCGACGGUACUGUUGAGGAGAAAGAUUGGCCAAUUCCAGGGCCCGGCAAGGGCAGCAACUGGUACAAUGGAUUCGGUGGCGCACUGCAACCAGAAGGCGAGGGUCAGGGUAUGUUUUGGGAAGCUGAUGAGGCUGCCGAGGCAGUGCUUGAGGGCAGGAAGGAGGGGAAGUUCGAGAACCUUGCUGAGAGUAUCUUGAUCAUGGAGGUCAUGGACGAAGUUAGGAAGCAGGGCGGUCUUGAGUAUCCCUCAAAGAUCGAAUCGACGGACUACCCCGUGCAGCUGUAA